AUGUCGGUAUAUGAGGAGGCCUUCGAUGUCCCCCUCCUGUCAGCGCCAUGGCACGCCCUCCCCUCAUCUCCCUCCGACCCUUCCCGCCUCAUCCUCAAAUACGCCCCUCAUCCAUCUCGACCUGGGUACAUCGUACUCCUCACCGACCUCGCAGCAGUCUACUGCGAAGUCCUCACCGGCCCGGGUGUGCCAUCACGGACGACCGAGGUGGACCGGGCGUUUCACGCAAACAGCGCGAAGGGAAGCAAGGGAAAAGGGAGGAGAGCCGGUAUGGACGAGGAGGAUGUGAUUGGGAGGAGCGAGGCAGCUUUGAAGGAUGUUGGGGAGAUGUGGGACCGGUUGGAAGGGGCCAAGGUGGAGAUGAAGGAGCAUGAUUACCAUGACGCUGUGCUCUCUGUGCAGACAGAUGACUUCUCCUGGCUCUUCUAUCUCACCGAGCUGAAAGGCCGACAACCUCUCGCAAUCCUCGCUCAGCAACUGAUCGCACCAUUAGCGGGCAUACUACUCGAGACGAAUCACAUACAGACCGAGGGCAAGCCAGGACCCAUGGAGCUCGUUUAUACCCUCUUCCACCAGUCCCCCACUAUCACUCAGCACAUGGCGGCCCACCAUGCCUCGUCUUCCAAGCCCAAAGGAGCUACAUCGAAAGCUAAGUCCUCGACAACUAAGGCCCCGGCGAGCCCCGUCAAUAUCAAAACCAAGGCUAAGCCUGCUACACCGAUUGCUAGACAGGCGGACGCGGAGGACGCGGAGGAGGAAGAGAAAGAAGAGUAUGUCAGCGAGGAGGAGCAGCCACAUACUCGCUCGCGGGACACACCGAAACGUUCAUCUACCAAGCCCCCGAUUUCACGAUCGACCGACCGGUCGAGUUCGCCCGAGCGUAUGGUCGUGGACCAGGACCAGGGGCCCCGUCGGGGUUCUCCUUCACGGUCUACCACACCCACUCGCGCACCUCCUCCCUCGGCGCCUAGAUCUGUGAAGGCGACUCCCACCAAGUCUAAAGCCCGCCAUAUCAUCGAGUCGGACGAUGAAGCAGAAGCGGAAGCUGAGGGAGAGGAGUCAGCGGAUAUGACCUCGGAAGCGGGAUCAGCGGCUCCCGAGAAAUCGGCAACCCCGCCUCCUCCUGCAGCGUCUGCUUCUUCUCAAACGAGUAAAAAGGAGAGGGAGCGGGCUGAGGAAGAGGAGAUGCGGGCGAGGGCGGAGGCUAUGAAGCGCAAGAUGGAGGGCGGAGGGGCUGGGGGUGGAAAUCUGGGUAGACGACGCUUGCGGCGUUGA